AUGUUGAAGCUGUACGUCGUGUUGGUGCUGCUCAGCGUGGCGUAUUCGCAGUCGAUCUCAUGUGAAUUCUGCAAGCAAGGGUUGGCGAGCAUGGGCAAGACGUUGAUGAGCAACCCAGCGAUGAGGCAAGCAAUGGCCCGUCAAAUUUCGGACAACUGCGACCAGGUCCCCGACGACAAUCUGAAGAAGGACUGCCGUGUCAUCUACGGCGACCACUUUGACGACAUUUUGAACGGAAUCGGAAACGAGCCGAAAGCCCAACCGGAAGCUAUGUGCCAGCAGAUGGGCUAUUGC